AUGUCAAAUUUGUAUCUUUGCUACAUAUUAUCGUUAAUUGUUCUGAUCUCAUGUGAUGUUAACACAACAAUUAAGGAAAAUGAAGAGAUUAAUGAUAAUUUAAAUUACUACGAAUACACAAAACCAUUGACCAUUGGUAAUUAUACUUGUUACGAUUAUGUUUACAACAAUCGACCUCGCCGAUCGUUCAUCGGAUUUAAUUCUGACCGGACAAUUAAAGAAAACAAUAAUUACACCAUUCAAAUGGGUGUCGCCUAUCGAAACUCACCUUACCGGUCAUCCAGUAAACAGGAAAUGGUCAAGUUUCAUGGGGACAUUAAUAUCGGCGGUUUAUUUCCUAUGCACGACUCAGGAGAUGAGCAGCAUCUCUGUGGGUCAAUCAAGGAGGGCAAAGGUAUCCAAAGGAUGGAGGCCAUGUUGUUUGCCGUCGACAUGAUCAACGGGGACGAUAAAUUAUUACCUAAUUUAACUUUAGGUGUUCACAUUUUAGAUACCUGUUCACGAGAUACUUAUGCCUUAGAACAGACAAUGGAGUUUGUUAAAUCAUCAUUAACUACGGUUGAUCAUACACUCGAUGAUUAUCAAUGUGAUGAUGGUUCAUCACCUCAUCUUUUGGCCUCCGAUCCUGUUGUUGGUGUUAUCGGAGCGGCAUCAAGCUCAGUAUCGGUUAUGGUAGCAAAUAUUUUACGUCUUUUCCAGAUUCCUCAGAUUAGUUAUGCUUCAACAAGUGUCGAGUUAAGUGAUAAGAGUCGAUUUGGUUUCUUUUCUCGAGUUGUUCCUCCCGAUAGUUUCCAGGCUCAGGUGAUGGUGGACAUCGUGAAACUGUUCAAAUGGACUUAUGUGUCCACCAUUGCGGAAGAGGGUGAAUAUGGUGAACGUGGGAUAGAAUAUUUUAAAUAUCUUGCCGCGAAAGAGAAAAUUUGUAUCGCUGAAGGCGUGAAAAUUGGACGGAAUGCUAAACCCGAAGAUUUUAUUAGAAUAAUUAAUAAACUUUAUACCAAAUCAAAUGCUCGAGGUGUAGUACUUUUUGUCGAUGAGGAUAACUGUCGAAAGUUACUAAAUGCUUCCCAAGUGACCGGAAAAGUGGGCCACUUUGCUUGGCUUGGAAGUGACUCUUGGGGCCGUAAAUUGUAUCCAGUUAAAGGUCAAGAAGAUUCGGCAGUCGGAGCGAUUACAAUAUUACCGAAAAGAAACUCGUUACCAGAUUUUGAUCAAUAUUUUAAACAAUUAAAUCCACUAACCAAUAAACGGAACCCUUGGUUUAAACCUUUCUGGGAGCAGCACUUUAAUUGUUAUUUAACUCCCACCAUGGAUUCAGCCACUUCCACCACCAGUGACUAUUCAACUUCAUCCAAUGGUGGUAAAUCCCCUGAAGCAAUUAACUUGAAAUCAUUGGGGCAAAAAAAGUGUACAGGUAAAGAAAUUCUGGUCAAAUAUGAACAGGAAGGUUUAGUUCCGUUCGUUGUUGAUGCAGUUUAUGCCAUGGCUCAUGCGAUUCAUAAUCUAUUAGCUGACCGAUGCCGUCCAAAGGUCAAAACUGAUCAAACUUAUUUCGAUUCAAAUUUAACCAAAAACAACAACAACAAUCACGAUUUCUGGUCACCAUCGAACCCAUGUAUACGUGAACCCAUCAAAGGACAAGAACUUUUAUCCUACAUAAGAAAAGUUUCUUUCCCUAGUUUACAAGGUAUGACAGUUAAAUUUAACAAGGAUGGAGAUGCUCCUGGUCGAUAUGAUAUUUUUCAAUAUCAGAAAAUUAAGGAAUCAACUUUAAUUUCUGUUAAUCAAUCUGUUGACAAUUCGACCAAUUUAAAUUACAGUCCACCCGAAUAUGAUUACAUUAGAAUUGGUAAUUGGGAAAGUGAUGUAACGUUAGUGUUUAAUUUAAGUCAAUUGGAUUGGCCUAAUUUUGGUUUAAAUCAAAAUGAAAGUUACUCGGAAAUACCGAGUUCAGUUUGUUCCCGGGACUGUGAUCGUGGUCAAUUCCGUCAGGUUCAUGAGGGUCAACCCUGUUGUUGGCAUUGUUCAUAUUGUGGCGAGAAUGAAAAGAUUUACAAUCUUACUGAUUGUGUCUCUUGUCCGAUUGGUUAUGUACCCGAUGAAUUCAAGGAAACUUGUCAUAAACUACCACUCGAAUACAUGAGAUGGAAUUCACCUUGGACAAUUCUUCCGGCCGUUUUUGCGUCUCUCGGGAUCGUUUCCACUGUAUUUACCUUUAUGACGUUCAUAAGGUUUAAUGAGACGCCGGUUAUUAUGGCCUCUGGCCGUGAACUUUGUUAUAUUUUACUUUUGGGUUUAAUGGUUUGUUACAUUGUCUCCCUGCUCAUUUUAUCGAAACCCACUUUAUUAACCUGUACCGUGGUUAGAAUUGGCCUUUGUUUAGGCCUUUGUAUAUGUUAUUCUGCAAUUCUAACCAAAACUAACCGAAUCUCACGAAUUUUCAAUCGUGGCGUUAAAAAUGGACUGAAACGACCUUCCUACACUUCACCAAAGUCUCAAGUAAUCAUUUGUACUUGUCUAGUUUCCGUUCAAUUGGUUUUCGUUGUGGCCUGGCUUAUACGUGAUCCACCUUCCGUUAAAGAGGUGAUACAAAAAUUGGGCUCACGAACUGUUGCCGUACUUCAAUGUGGCAUCUCAGCGACUGCAACGGCCAUCUCACUAAUCUACAACAUGUUACUCAUCCUUUUAUGUACAAUGUACGCAUUUAAGACUCGAAAGAUUCCCGACAACUUCAACGAGGCCAAAUACAUAGUUUUCACAAUGUACAGCACUUGCAUCGUCUGGUUGGCUUUUAUCCCGAUCUAUUUUGGGACCAAUAACGAUUUCAAGAUUCAACUUGCUAGUUUAUCAACAUGCAUAUCAAUCAGUGCUGCAGUUAACAUCGGAUGCCUUUUUAUACCAAAGCUUUACAUUUGUCUCUUUCAACCUUAUAAGAACACCCGACACACCGGAGUUCAGGCUUCUGGUGGUGUUGGUACUUUCACCUCGAAUUCAACCUCGAAUGCCCUUCGUUUUGCUCGGCCUACAAGUUCCGGUGGGUGUGCAGCGGCCAUUGCUGCCGCUACUCAGGCCAUUUCGGCUCAUCAAUCAGCACCUACAAUAGUUUUACCAGAAGCCUCUUCCGGUGACCUGAAGACCACAUCAACUACCAAUGGUGAAUGGACAUCACCAAGUCCUGAAGAUGAGCAAAAUAGCGCAAUUUAAUUGUUAUCAUCAACAAUUAACCAUUAAUUUGAUUGCAUAAUGCAAAUCACUAAGUCUUUCAAAAUCCAUUCCAUUAAUUGUCACCAUCAUCAUCAACAAUUAAACUAUCAGCUCUCGAUCUCUAACUAUCAACAAUUUAAAUCUGUAAAUGUAAAUCUGGUUAACAAAUCACAAUUUAACCUCAUCAAUUUUAAUUGUUACUCAGUUUUCCUCCUCCAACUCUGUUAUCAUUGUUGUUUUUAUACUUUCUCUUAAACAAUUAACUGUUAUUACCCCACAAUUUAAAACUAAAAUCAAUUUAAAUGCUCAAAAAAUUAAUAAACAAUCAAUGUCAUCAA